UUUCUUUGUUCAAAAGGUGCAGAAUAUUUCUUUUCGACAGAGUUUAGGAUCAUAUACGUAAUAAAAAGUACAAAAUAAGUCUUGAAAUUAAAAAAAAAAAAAAAAAAAACCAAAGCAAAAAUAAUAAAAGUAAUUUCCUUGUGAAGUAAGUGGGAAAAGUCGAAAAGACAAAUAAGCGAAUAUUUUCAUUCACCAUAAAAACGGAUCUAAUUAAUUAAGAAAAGGCCAAUAGAUAACGCAUUACUCAUUGGAAUUUAUUAACUGUGCUUUUGUCGAAAUGUUUUACUUGAUUGGUUUGGGUUUAGUAGAUCCAAUGGAUAUUACAGUGAAAGGACUUGAAAUUGUCAAACGGUGUAGUCGCGUUUACUUGGAAUCUUAUACGUCCAUCUUGGGUUGUCAUAAAGAAGAAUUGGAAACAUAUUAUGGUCGUCCUUUGCUGUUAGCUGAUCGUGAUCUCGUUGAAGAGAAAACCGAUGAAAUUCUAACGGGAGCAAGUGAAGACGACGUAGCACUUUUGAUUGUAGGCGAUCCAUUUGGAGCAACGACACAUAUUGAUCUCGUUCUACGAGCUAGAGACAAGAAGAUACCCUAUAAAGUUAUACAUAAUGCUUCCAUACUUACGGCUGUCGGUUGUUGCGGUCUCGAGUUAUACAAAUUUGGUGAAAUUGUAACUAUCCCGUAUUGGGAUGAGACAUGGAAACCAGAAAGUUUUUAUGAUAAAAUCAAAUUUAAUCGUCUCCAUAACAUGCACACAUUAUGUUUGCUUGAUAUUAAAGUCGUGGAGCCUGCCGGCGAGCCCCGAGUAAGAGGACGAAGGCAAAUCAUGCGUUUUAUGACAGUUGCGGACGCUGCUCAACAGCUAUUAAGUAUCGUUGAUCGAAAGAACGUUCUAGAGCACAACACUGUACUUAGUGAUUUGUCAAUGUGCGUGGGUUUGGCGCGUGUAGGAAGUGAAACUCAACGCAUAGUAGCAAAAUCAUUGCACGACAUGGCAUCGACAGAUUUAGGUGGCCCUCUACAUUGUCUUAUCAUACCUUCCAAGGAAUUGCAUCCCCUGGAAACGGACUACUUGCAAGGGUAUGCAACCUUCAAACUUGAUUCGUACAAUUAUUAAAUUAUGAACUGCUUCGUUAACCUUCGUAAACAUAUCGUAUUGCUACAUUAUCACUUGAUUUGAAUUGAAUUAACCUUGAAGAUCUCGCUUUUUUAAAUUGAAUGAAGUGAAAAUAUUGAUGGAAAAGAAUUAUCCGAAAUUUUGUUAUAUACGCUUAAUGAGUCAUCCCUGAAUAUUUCAUAUUUGUGUUUAAUUAUUGUUGUAUCUCAUGAAAGUAAAGCAAAAGUUAUUCAUAUUAUUGGAAAAAAUUCUUAAAUCUAUAGAA